AUGGAGGUCGCAUCUAUUAAUGAUAAAAAUUGUGAGCGAAAAGUACCGAGCUCUCGUAUAGCAAGGUUUGCUCAGUUCGGUCAGCUUGGAGUGAGUCUAGCUAUGGGUGCUGCUACUGAAGUUGCUAAACGAGCAUUAAGAUUUGAUAAAGUAAACAUUGAUGCCAAGAAUCCAUUUAUGACUGAAGCAAAUGCUGAAAAAAUUGUCUAUACUCUUUGUAAAGUGCGUGGCGCUGCGUUGAAAUUGGGGCAGAUGUUCAGCAUUCAAGAUCCGGAUCUCAUUUCACCAACACUGCUCAAAAUAUUUGAGCGUGUUCGUCACAGUGCUGAUUUCAUGCCAGUAAAACAAGUCCAUCGUCAAAUGCGUGAAUCAUUUGGUGAAGAUUGGCGCGGAAACUUUCUAUCAUUUGAUGACAAACCAUUUGCUGCUGCAUCCAUUGGACAAGUCCAUCGAGCUUUGUUAUGUAAUGGAGAGAAGGUUGCAAUUAAAAUCCAGUAUCUCGGUGUUGCAGCGAGCAUUGACUCUGAUAUCGAUAAUUUAAUGACAAUAUUGAGUUAUGGGAAUUUUUUUCCCAAAGGUCUUUAUCUCGAAAAUUUUGCGAAGGUAGCAAGAAAGGAGUUGAAAUUGGAAUGUGAUUAUGAACGUGAAGCACGUGCGAUGAAUAAAUUUCGCAAUUUGUUAGCUGAUAGUGAACAUUUUUAUGUUCCCAAAGUGUUUGGUAAUUUAACUACAACACAUGUGCUUACAACAGAAUAUGUGGAAGGCAUUCCUGUUGACAAAUGUGUGAAUGAACCGCAAGAAAUUCGAAAUUACAUUGCUUCGAAAUUUAUCGAACUUUGUCUUAAUGAAAUUUUUGUCUGGAGAUUUAUGCAGACUGACCCAAACUGGUCCAACUUUUAUCUUGGGGUGGAUCCGACUGGCAGCCCAAAGCUAAUUCUUCUGGACUUUGGGAACUGUCGUUCGUAUUCCAAGAACUUUAUUAAUCUUUAUAUGAAUGUCAUUCGUGCAGCAUAUGAUGACGAUAAAGAUAAAAUUUUGGAAUAUUCAAGAAAAAUUGGUUUUUUAUCAGGAUACGAAUCAAAGGUAAUAAUGGAAGAAGCCCAUUGUAAAUCUAUCUCCAUACUUGGUGAAAUGUUAGCAUCUGCAGCUCCAUACGAUUUCUCAAAACAGCAAGUGACGAGAAGAAUCCACGAUUUGAUACCGGUAAUGCUGAAGCAUCGUUUAGUGUCACCACCGGAAGAAAUAUAUUCACUACACCGGAAACUUUCUGGAUCCUUCUUGUUAGCAUCCAAAUUAAAGGCUGUUGUUGCUUGUGGCGCGAUGUACGAGCGCAUUUACAAUCAUUACAAAUUUGAUGAAGCUGCAGAUGAGAGUGCUGAUAGUUUUCAUGACGUGGAUUAG